AUGAGCAAAGGUCACAAGAGACAUGAUGUUGAGAGUGUCAAGCAUAUAAGAUCAUUGAUAGAGGAAGGUCAAUACAAUGACUCGUCAACAUCGAGAUUGAAGUUGUUAUGGAGCACUCUUCAACAACUUGCAACCACACAUCAGACAUUGACUCAAUCGAGCAAGAAUGUAACGGAGCAAUUCAAACAACUGCAUGACAUGCUGGUGAUUGAGGAGCAUAAGAUCAACUCAACAAUCAAUGACAGAUUGCAACAAACAUCAACAAACAUUCACAAUAUCAUCAAUGAGAUCAAGAGCAUCAACAGCAUAUUCAAACCAACAUCUUGUAUCGUGGAUAACGAGGACUUGGACAAUAACAUUGAGAUGAUCACAACAUGCUCAUCACUUGAUCAGUUCAUCGAACAAGCGUUCCCAUCAAUAUCUACAUCUAAGUCACAGGGGUCAACUGAUUCAAUGAAGGAUAUCACCGAUAUUGAACUGCUGACAUUGGUUCAAAGUACUGUUCAGCACAUGAAUGGACAGUAUCAACUUGUACGACCAUUGAUGUCUAAGUUUGACACCAAGAGAUUGAAUGGCAUCAAGGAUCAAGUGAGAUCAUGCUUCCAACUGUUGGAGGACUCUGAGAAUCACACGCAUGACCUCGAUCACAAUGUCAUGUUCAUCUACGAUAACUCGUAUACUCUGUUCUCACCAUUGACCAACAAAUGGACAAUUGUCGAACAGGAAGGAAUUGACAUGAUCUACAAAUAUGGCUCAUCAGCAGUGUACGCUCGUGGCAAUGUCUAUGUGUUUGGUACGGGUGAGAACGAUGACCCGCCACCAACAUACUCUGUGUUCUCCGUGGCCGACGGUCAAUGGCGCCAUGAUAUCUCUCUCGAAGGAGUUGUUGAUGAAGAUGAUCAGUUUAAAUACUUGACUGCAGGAUGCUACGAUGGAGACAAGAUCAUAUAUCUGAUUGGACAAAAUGACGAAGAAGAGGAGUCCAGAGUGUACAGCUUCAACAUUGACACACCAGAGAAGGAACGACGUCUCAAUCAAGUUGGCUAUAUCGAUGAAGGUCACAAAGUGACAUACAUGUUCAAACACUUCGAUACUUUGUAUUGCAUGGACAACGAUUCGAAAGAUCAUACCAUCAAUGUAUUCGACCUGAGCACCGGUGAGCAGGUUGACUGGUGUUGCGUCAAGGACAAAGCCAACGCCUGUACAGUAUACGAAGACAAUAUGUACAUUCUAUUUGAAGAUGGUGGCCUAGGUAGCUUGCCACUCGUGAGGAAUAUAUCCAUCGAUCAUAUUGUCGAGUUGGCUCAAAUACCAUCAACAACAGAGAAAGCACAGAAAGGAAAGGGAUAUUACAAUAUGGUUCCAUCAACAUCAGAGCCUGGAACAUUGUUGGUGCUUCAAGGUGGUGAUAUGGACUACAAGUACUCGAUCAAAGGAAACAAGUGGACGAAGAUCAAGCACGGCAAAGACACAACAACAGCAUCGGCAGCAGUAUUGUAG